AGCACUCUUUUCCUUUUGUGAAUCGCGGAAUGAUUUUUGUACUACGAUGGCCACCGUUGACAGGAGUACUCGUCCCUGCUGCGACUCCAGCUUUCUACACAGGAGGAAUAUAAUGUCUUUUAGAUCGUUUUUUAUGUUUAUGUUGCUUUUGUUUACAAUAGACAGAUGUUUUUCUGAAGAUGACCACGAAAUGGAGGAGUUUCUCAAGCGGGAGUAUUCCCUUUCCAAGCCCUACCAAGGUGUGGGAUCUUCAGGCUCCUCCCACUGGGAACUGAUGGGGGAUGCCAUGGUAACCACGGAUUAUAUUCGACUCACACCCGACAUGCAGAGCCGGCAGGGGGCAGUGUGGAGCCGCAUCCCAUGCAAUCUGAAGGACUGGGAGAUGCAGGUGCACUUUAAGAUUCACGGGCAAGGAAAGAAGAACCUGAAUGGUGACGGUCUGGCCAUAUGGUUCACGAAGGAGCGCAUGCAGAAAGGGCCUGUAUUUGGAAAUAUGGACAACUUCACCGGCUUGGGGGUGUUUGUGGACACGUAUCCCAAUGAGGAGAAAUACAUCGAGGCGCAGAAGAAGAGAUACACGCCGCGCACUCAGAGGAUCUUCCCCUUCGUUCUGGCCAUGGUGGGGAACGGCAGCAUCAGCUAUGACCACGAGCGGGACGGUCGGCCCACAGAGCUCGGCGGCUGCAACGCCAUGGUGCGCAACCUCAAGCACGACAGCUUCCUCUUCAUCCGAUACAUCCGCCGCAGGCUGACGGUGAUGAUCGACAUCGACGGCCAGCACGAGUGGAGGGACUGUCUGGACAUCCCCGGGGUGCGUCUGCCUCAGGGUUAUUAUUUUGGAGCAACGGCGGUCACCGGAGAUCUCUCAGAUAACCACGACAUCAUUUCUCUGAAACUUUACCAACUGACUGUAAUACGGAGUCGAAAGGAAGAGGAGGACGAGGAGGAGGAAGAGAUAACCGUACCCAGUGUGGAUAACCUGGACCUCCUCAGACUGGGCCAGAAUGAAGAAGGGAUGAGUGGGAUAGCCAUUUUUUUCACCGUGCUCUUCUCCCUGCUGGGCUGCAUCUUCCUGUUGGUCAUCGGGCUGGUGGUCUACAGCCACUGGAACGAGAACCGCCGCAAGCGCUUCUACUGACGAGCGGCGGUGACCGUAGGGACUGCUUUGGAGCCGAUCUGGAGCUCCGCCAGCAGGAGGAGGUGGAGACGACAGACGAGGAGCAUCACUGGACAGGAAGGAGGAGCUCGUCUGACGGUCACAGCAGCUCAGCCUUAGCAUCUCCACCUCUGGACUAGUCGCUCUGCACGGAUGCAGCGCCCUGCUCUUAUCUUUGUGUUGAGGUUCACUGCAUUAGACUCGUGUGGAAGUUCACUCUGGAUGACUUUGUUGAAUGCCUGUUUUUAUUUAUUGUCCUUUUUUAUAUUAUUCCUGUACCAAACCUGCUGUGGGAAGUGCUAAACAAACACAACUGCCAUUUUUAAAGUUCUGAGUGUGGAAUAAAUGCAUGGAAGAUGUUUUAACAUGUUUUUUUAUUUAAUCAACUGGGUUAGGUGGAUAUUUGCUGUUAUAUAUUUAUUUGUUAUAGUUUUUUAUUUAUUUUUGAAGCUAAAUCAAAAUGUCAGGGUGGAAAAAAACAUCACCAAUGAUAAAAAUCUUAAUUUAUGAAGCUACUUUGUGUCUUUGGGGUUUAAGGGCAUUAAGACGAACUUUAUGAACUUGUAUCUUGCAGCUCUCCUGCAUACAAAUGGCAGCGAUUUAGUUGAAAUUCUAAAUAAAGAUUGUCUUCUACUCUGCAAA